AGUUGCUCUUUUGAUACCGUAGAAAAUGAAAAAGUUCAGUGCUUUAAUAAUCCUUGCGCUUACAAUGAUUCAGAGCACAUUGCUCGUAGCUAAAGAUGCUAAAAUUGUUCCAGCACAAAAAUCUAUUAUCGAUACACUCUCUGAAGAUGCCCGGGAUCUGCUGAGAAGUUUCGCGGACGCCACUGGUUUGAACGAAUUGAGCGCUGAAAAAUUGUUGAAGAUUAUCGAAUCCGAUGCCAAAGUAGUCGCUGCAAACAUAGACGGCUUCCUCGAGAAGGUGAGCCAAGAAAUCGAAGCCAAAAAGCCAGAAUUACAGAAUAUUAUAAAAACCGUGCAAAACGACCUGACUAAAGUAUCAGACUCCUUGAAGAAGUUAGUGGGCCCGGACGCAACCAAGAAGGCGGAAGAAUUGAAGAUAAUUUUCGAGAAAAACUUGCAAGCCGCGAUCGAACCAAUCAACACAGUGAUCAGGGCUGUCAAACCUGACGCCGUUAAAUUGAGAAAUGAUCUUGAGGCCAGUGCAAAAGUAGUAUUGGAUUCCAUCAUUGAUGGUGUCAAGAAAGUUGAGGUAGUAGUUAAGGGGACUGCGAGUGAUGUAGCAAAUGAGAUUAAGAAUUAAUAAAGCUAUUAUAUUAUUUCGUACGAA